GCCCCCGAUGCCAGAGUUCUAGCUUUCAUCGCACUGGGUGAAAGAUUUUCUCCUGGACGUUUCACUCUCUGUGGCUACAGGCUCCAUGUUCAGUGCGAUUGUGCUGGUGCUUGGAUGCCUGCUGCUGCAGAGGAACCCAGUGACCACAGAGGGGCAUCGUGGGACCAACCGCCAUGUCUUCUAUGCAGUGGAAAUGGACGGAGGCACCGAAGCCGUCGGAGCUCUGGCCGAGCAGCACGGACUGGAGUUCAUUCAACGGGUUGGCAGCCUGGAGGAUGUCUACACCCUCAGGGACAGCAGGGGGCGCCCUGACAGAGCCACCUUUGAGAACAGACUCUCAAACACAGUAGGGGUUCAGUGGGUGCAAAGGCAGCACAGUCAUUACAGAGACAAGCGGGUUCCUGUGACAGGACUGGACCACAGUACCACUCACAGUUCCCGGAGGAGACAGUCUGCAACUGACAGGCAGCCUGAGGAGAAUAAGAGUGACCAGUCCCUCACCUUCAAUGACCCGCUCUGGCCCAUGCAGUGGGAACUGUUUUCACAGGGCGAGUACAACGCCAGUGGGUUUGACCUGAAUGUGAUGCCAGUUUGGAGCAACAACAUCAGCGGCAGCGGAGUGGUGGUCAGCAUCAUUGAUGAUGGUGUGGAUCACACAAACAAGGACCUGAAGAAAAACUUUGAGGCCGUCGCCAGUUUUGACCUGCGAGCUUCACACGGUCUGUCUCAUGAUCCCAUGCCUGUCAGAGAUGAGGAGAAUAGUCACGGUACCCGAUGUGCAGGGGUAGUUGCCAUGGAGGCCAACAACUCCUACUGCGGUGUGGGCAUCGCCUUCAAUGCCAGGAUCGGAGGUAUCCGCUUGUUGGACGGCACUGUCACUGAUGCCAUGGAGGCCACAGCUCUGACCUUCAACAUCCACUUCAUUGACAUCUACGUCUGUAGUUGGGGCCCACGGGACGACGGGGCGAAGAUGGACGGGCCGCACAGGCUGACAGCGCAAGCCCUUCGGCUAGGAACUCACAAGGGCCGAGGUGGGAAGGGCAGCAUCUUUGUGUGGGCGGCAGGUAAUGGCGGAAUGCAGCAUGACCACUGCGGUGCAGACGGUUAUGUUAACUCCAUCUACAACAUCGCCAUCGGCGCUGUCUCUCAAAUGGGGAAGCCCGCCUACUUCGGCGAGCCCUGCCCCGGUGUGAUGGCCGUCACUCUGACAGGGAGCAGCGUGGGAGGCUCACUACCUCUGGUUACUCUGACCAACACCGGUGAUGGCUGUAUCAAACACUUUCCAGGAACAUCCAGUGCUGCUCCGACCGCUGCCGGGAUUCUGGCUCUUACGUUAGAAGUAAACCCCGAGCUGACAUGGAGGGAUGUUCAGCAUCUGAUCGCCAACACAGCAAAGAUCCCCGACCCUGAAGAGCCUGGGUGGAGCAUCAAUGGAGCAGGAUUCCAUGUGCACCAUAGGUAUGGUUUUGGAUUGCUGGAUGCGGGUCUGAUGGUGCAGCGGGCUGUGGACUUCAACACUGUUGCUCCACAGAGGAAGUGCACGCAGGAAGUCACAGUCCAUCCUAGCAGGAUCCUUUCUCCAGGAGGUGUGGUCAGUGUGAACAUCCAAUCAGAGGCCUGCCAUGGGGCGACUGAUGAGAUCAACUCUCUGGAGCACGUUCAGGUGAGAGUGAGCAUCAGCUCUGUGUGUCGCGGUGACCUCUCCAUAAGUCUGGAGUCUCCAGCCGGCACUGUAUCACUGCUGUUGGACACACGGCCCAACGAUGACUCCACUGCUGGCCUGAAAAACUGGACCCUGAUGACGGUGCACUGCUGGGGGGAGCAACCACGAGGCCUCUGGACCCUCAAGGUGACUGACCACAAAGGCACAGUGAUGAGCUGUAGCAGGCCGAGUGACGAGGAUGCAUCAGGAGCCUUGCUCAGUGUUAAACUCAUCCUCUACGGCACCUACCACCCACACAGGACCACGCACGAGGGACCCCUGCAGAGCAUUGUGUCCAUGGGGUCGCGUCACCCCGUCCCUCACAAGGGGGUGUACCCAAGGGACCGUUACCAACCUUUGGACCUGAUUCAGUGGGUCUACCGAAUGGAGAGAGGCAGGAAGGUACGGGCUGCUGAUAUCACUGCCCCAGCCAGACACAAGAUUUCUGGACACUUGGUAUUGGAUAAGCAGACCCACAACAAGCCCUUGACGUCCAGCAUGGCUUUCCAGUUACAUCACACAGAUGUUGUACAGAAGUCCUCCACGGGGUCAAGACCUUCAGCUGUGAAAGAGCCUCAUGAGCCAAAGACCACGAGUGACAAUGUGGACAGAGAGAGCAGGUCCUUACCGUCACAGGUUCUUCAGGACUCUUCAGAUCCAAAAGGAGGCGGACAUGUGAGCAGAAAGCCAGGAGAAGGGACAGCGCAUCUGGCAAGAAACUGAGGAAACACACAUAAACUGCGGGUAAAUAAAGACUUUUGUUUUCCACUGUGCUGCAAACCAAUUGAUCAUGAAUCAAUUCCAUGUACAGUUCUUUGACUGUGUGGCCUCAGUGUUGGCACACAUUAUUUAUUGUGGAUUCCUCGCUUUGCUUUAAAACUCAAUCACUCUCCACAGAAACACACACAAACAUAUAAAUCUUUCUGCAAAAACAAAUAGUCUCCGGAGCAGGUUUCUACACCCCCACACCACCCCCCUUUGCUUUCAGAUGUUGCAAAGGUUAGUGAAAGAUAUGUUUGUCUUUUUCCACUUCAUUGAAGGGUGAAUUCAGCUCAGUGCAAUAAGAAAUGGAUUACCCAUUCAUUAAAGGGGCUGUGUCACUCCUCAUUGAGUUGGACAAAUAGCAAAUUAAUUUCUAGCCGCCUAAUUUCUCUCUGUUCUCCACUGAAUUUCCGAUAACGUCGAAUUACUGAUCACAGCCAUGUGAACUCCCUCAACUUUUUAUCAAUUCAUUAAAAAUGUGCCACAGCGGAGAUGCUACAGAGAGAAAAAUCUCUCUCUUAUUUCUGCAUGCUUCCUUUACCACCGCAACGCUGUACACAAACACAAAUCAACUGAAGUGUUUAAUUGAAAUUAGGAUAUUAAAAACACCAGAAACCCUUACACAA